GUGCUGCGCAUGCUGUUCAGUCCUGAGCAGUCAUUCUGUUUUCAGGGAUUAAUUUUUGCGUGUAAUGUUAUCUUAAUAUUAUAUUUGCCGUGUAUUUGAUUUGUAUCACUCCGUAAUCAUUUUGCAGUAGCAAGCCAGCUUCAGAGAGCUAACGUUAACGUUUUCUCUGUAGGAGAUACUAGACAACUAUCUAGCUGGCUAAAUUAAGUUAUCAGCUGUAAUUUAUAGCUUUUAUUCUAUCACAGAACCUAGCUAGUUAAGUUAGUAGCUAAACAAGCAAGACAACUAAGUUAACGUUAGCUGGAUGCAGUAAACUCUUAAUGCGAGUUAACGUUUGCCAACUAAAUAGCUUAAGUUAACAAAACAUUUGUCAUCGCUACAAGCACUGAAACGGACUAGCUACAUCUUGUUGAAAUUUGGGUACCACACGGAACGGAUUGAACUGAAGGCACACCCACGGCGAUACAAAUUACUGUACCUGCAAGGGAGUGUCUGAGUGCACACGUGGAUAGGAGGCCAACACCUACAGUGAAAGAAAUGUUUAAAAACACAUUUCAGAGUGGAUUCCUAUCCAUUCUCUACAGUAUUGGAAGCAAGCCUCUCCAGAUAUGGGACAAAAAGGUGAGAAAUGGCCACAUUAAGCGGAUAACGGAUAACGACAUUCAGUCCCUGGUGUUGGAAGUAGAAGGAACUAAUGUCAGCACCACAUUCAUCACAUGCCCGGCAGAUCCAAAGAAGACACUCGGCAUCAAACUUCCAUUCUUGGUUAUGAUCAUCAAGAAUUUAAAGAAGUAUUUCACCUUUGAGGUUCAGGUGCUGGAUGACAAGAACGUCCGGCGGCGGUUUCGGGCGAGUAACUACCAGAGCACCACGCGCGUGAAGCCCUUCAUCUGCACCAUGCCCAUGAGACUGGACGACGGCUGGAACCAGAUCCAGUUCAACCUGGCAGACUUCACGCGCCGAGCCUACGGCACCAAUUACAUCGAAACCCUCCGCGUACAGAUUCAUGCAAAUUGUCGCAUCAGAAGAGUAUACUUCUCAGACAGGCUGUAUUCAGAAGAUGAACUCCCAGCAGAAUAUAAGCUGUAUUUACCCGUUCAGAAUAAAGCAAAGGUAAACGCCUGAAAUGGUGUACAGUACAGUGUCUGUGAGAUAGCCUUUGUGUUUGUGAGCUAAUGAUACAAGGACACUGUAAUAUUAACCAUUCUGCUUUGACUGCACCAAAGCUGUGCCACAAACAUCAAAGAUGCGAAGUAUGCAUGGCUAGCACCUACCAUUACUGCACCACGUUAAAAUAAAUGUGAAUUAAACAAGGCAAUUAAAAUGCAUUGAAUGUCAGCAUAACACUUGUAAAUGUUUGGAAACAUUUGUAAUACAAGUUGCAAUGAUCGCAGCAGAAAGAGUGAUUGAUUGUCGAUGAUUUUGUUUCGUUGCAGCAGUAGGAUAGCCUUUCCUUGCCCCGGAUGUUCAGUCCACAGUCCGAUCUUCCCCCUGCGUAUCAUCGCCUCUGUGACAAAACCCUGAUUAUUGUAUUUAUUUUGGAACAGUGAUUUCUUCCACAAUUACUUGUCCUCUGCACAAUAAAUUUUGUAGAAGAAUGCAGAUUAAUCAUCUUUCUGUUUAAAAAUCAAAAUCAACCUGACUGUUAUGUAGAAUAACAUGUAUACAGGUAGGCAGUGAAACAUUACCUGUGGUCUUGUUUGGGACCUCAAGGUGGGAUUUUGUGUCAUUUAAUUCCGAAUGGAAGUCAGUUCAUAUCAAAAGGUCAAAAUCAAGAUUGUUUUAUGCUGAACUAAUUUUAUUUUAUUUUUUACAGUUUGUACUCUGGUAUUUAAAAACAUCUGCUGCAGUCUGUGAUACAGCAUUUUAAAACUUUAAAAAGGCAGAUUUAAAGACAUGGUGGAUACGUUCCAACAGGCAUAAUUGUAAGUUUAUUAUCCAGUGUUGGCAACAGUAGCUUGUGAACAAAAUAAAGCGUGUACCAACAACAUUA